AUGGCUGCUUCGAACGAGGUUCACCAUCUCAAGGGGCCUGGAACAGAAGGGGGGAAAUCGAGAAAAGCCGAGGACAGGCGCGGGGAGGCUGGUUUGGAGGGUGCUGAUGGAGCGGUCGACCGACAUCAGCCGGUACAGCCAUGCAAGGCAGACUCCUGCCUGGAAAGAGAAGACCGGAUGGAAAAGCUUCUCGACAAACGGCAAGCAUUGGUUUCCUUGCAUUAUCCCCCGUUUUUCUUCCUGACGGAGAAGGUAGCCGCAGUGCCCGCAGCACGACCGUAGCUUGCUCGCCAAACAUUGCGCCGCUCGUCACAACAUCUAUAUUGCGGCAGGGCCGCCUUGCAAGAAGCGUCGAUCAGGGCCAGGAGAAGACAGGCAGCGGCCAGUGCUAGAUCGACUGCUUCCGAAGCGUCACGGGACGACAAGACGGAAGAGGUCAGGUGGUGUCCUAUGCGCCAAGCUGGACGACAAAAACACGAAGUACAUCGACUGGUCAGGUCCCGGGAAACACGAUGUCAAGCCCACUAAAAACGUAGCACAUGUUUGUAGUGCUACAGGGUUUUCCUCCCUACUGCAGCUUUUGGACUAGUUUGUACUCUUAGCGUUUUCGAGUUACGCCACGACCAGUGUACAGGUUCCAUUCACACUACUAUUAGCGCGUUGUCUUCGGUGUCGAUCCUUCAUAACCUUCCGUGUUGCGGCAGGUACCUGUAGAGACCAGCCAAGUUCUAGCUCCACAUCCAUGUGAGGAUGCUCCGGUCACAUGCCGUUCGCACCCGGCAACCGAGCUAUUUAGGUUGGUGCUGCUUCGUUCGUGCCGCUCACCAAAUCAAAAGAACAUCCAAUCGUAUUUCAGGCCCUACAGGAUUUACUGUCGCUAUAAUUUUCCUGCUAUUCUCGAAGCGGAUCAACAUUCUGGUUCUAGUUUUCGUGGCUCCGACAAGUGUUGCUAGAACCGGAGUAUGCUAGAACCGGAAGCACGUUUCGCAACUCGCCGAAGGUGGUCGGAAUGCGCGACGACUCAUGUAUCCCCGCGUGAAAAAUGGAUUGAUUCCAAUCCGCUUCACCAUGUGCGCGUCCACCUUCCUUACACGCAGUUGGAAGAGGUCGAACACAUGAUACAAUCGGGGGAGUCAUCUCUGCAGUCACUGCGGGGUUAAAGCGUGAUGUCGGGCCUUUCCUUUGAAAAAUUUGAGAUGCAUCUGGUCGUCGCGCUCGUUGUACCUCCGCCUGCGUUAUCGGACGUUACUCGCUGGAUGCUCCUUCUUCUCGUGUGCGGGUGUGCCUGCUGCGUUGUCCUCGACAUCAAGGUUUCUCGCUUGAUUAUGGUACUUGAAUAUGGGUCCGAUCUGUGCAUCCUCUGUGGGGGAUACGCGUAUGGGAAGUAUGGGUGUGAUGGAUAUGUAUGCGGUUGAGGUCCAAGUGCGGUCCCCCCGGGUGAGCACACGGCAGUGUGCUCCCGGCACUUGCCUGUGGGGUGAGCAUCCUUGUUUAGUGUAGUAUAUAUACAUGAUGGCUACGCGCGUUCCUGGGAUAACAUAGCACCCAGUCUCAACACCACAGACCGCUGAGGGCGGCAGUGCACACUAACUCGAUAUUCCGAGUUUGGAGCCGAGCUAGGCCAGGUGUCGGCUCGCGGCGAUGAGCGAGUGGUAGAAGAACAAGUGGAGAAUACGAAGCAGAAAGCCGAGAGAGCAGCUGGGGAAGUGGCAGCCGAGAUGGCGGACCUACAGAGGGGAUCCGAGGAGGCAGAGGAGAGGAGUUCAGCGGAGGAAACCGCGAAAAGGAGCGUGGGUGAUGCCGGGUAUGCGGCAGGUAACAUGAGGAUAAGCGGCGCCGGCUAUGCGCCUGGGUACCAUAGCAGGGAUGGAGCUGCCGGAGGGGCGGCUACUUUUGGAGCCGAGGGGAUGCCUAGUUUUUUCGAUGAUCGGGAGCAGCAGCAGCGUGACCGCGACUACGUGCGGAAGGACCGGAAGCCACCGACCGGUGUACGACGGCAACUUCCCACCGUUCAAGUCGCUGUUUGAGCUCUUCCUCGCCCGCAAAGAUCUAUCACACACUCGCCAAGCCGGCGAGUCCAGACCAACGCAUCUGGCUCCUUGACAGGCUGCCAAGGAGCGAAAACGUCCGCUUGCACGGUGAGCGUUGCUUGCGCGAUCAUGAGUAUGCGUUUAAGUACUUGAUGCGCGCCACGUAGGGGGCAAACUUCCAGGCUAAAAUCCUUCCGUUGGGACUGUGUGUGGGGCGUGGGAGGCUGCACAACAGUUCUGCCUGCCGAUGAGUGACUCCGAGCAGGAGGCACUGAAGCUGUCUCUCACGAACAUGAAGAUGCAGCUUGGAGAGGACCCAAAGGAGUACUUUCUUAGGUUCGACAGAGUGUUGUCUACUCUCCGCGCCGUCAACGGCGAUGCGAUCACGGAUAGAGAAGUCCUCGCGAUGCUUCGAUGGAACCUCUCCGCCGACUACGAACAGGUCCACAUUGUCUUCAUGGCCAACAGCUCGCUCACGCGCAAGGACUUGGAGAAUUUUGUGCGUAGCCUGCACGCCGAGAGAGACCUCGGGAAUGUUGCGCGGCGGACGGCAGCGCCGACCGGUGACCCGCACGCUCUUCAUGUCGGUGUAAAACUUUUCGGCGGGACUGUUGGGGACGUUUUUCUCGUCAACAGCAGCAUGGUCUACAGCAGUCCUGCGGAGGUGUUCCCGUACAGCAACCGUUCCAGCAGCAGUGGAGGUACGGCGUGUUUGGCAGAGGGUGUUCUUUUCAGCAGCAGCAGCAACAACCGUGCGUGCAGCAGAGGUUCAUGCCACCGCCAUCGGUGCAGCAGCAGCCCAUGCCACAGCAGCAGCCUCGUCAACAGCAGCAACCUCUACGGUCCUGCAACGGCGCUCCUGGUACAGCUCCAGCUUU